AUGCUGCCAUGCCCCUGGGCGUACGUGCACCUUGGCAAGCCGCACCAUAUCCACGCACGUACGCCCUCCAAGGCGGCCCCCUGGUCAAAGACCGGCGGCCUGGGUGACGUCAUCGGGUCCCUGCCCAUCGCCUUGGCGGAGCGCGGCCAUCGGGUGAUGGUGGUGAUCCCGCGGUACGACGACUACGAGGAUACCCUAGACACCGGGGUCAAGGUGGAGUUGCUGGGCCACUCCACGAUUGCUUACUUCCACAAAAGACACAAGGGCGUGGACUUUGUAUUCGUGGACCACCCCAGCUACAAGCGGCCGGCAGGGCUGUACGCAGAUGCGAAGGGGCCCUAUGGCGAUAACCAGUUCCGCUUCACGCUGCUGUGCCUGGCGGCGUGCGAGGCGCCGCUGAACCUGCCGCUUGAGAGCGCCGAGGGCGGGAGCAAGACGGUGUACGGGCAGGACAUCACCUUUCUGGCCAACGAUUGGCACGGCUCCCUGGUGCCGGUGUACCUGGCCGGCAAGUACCGCCCUCACGGCGUUUACAUGAACGCGCGCAGCAUAUUGGCGAUACACAACCUGCGGCACCAGGGCGUGUUCCCGCCGCACACAUUCCACGAGCUCGGCCUGCCCGACAAUUGGUACGGCGCGGUGGAGUGGCAGUACCCCCCACACCAGCGGCAGGGCAGCUACGCGGAGGAGGGGCGCAGCAUGAACCAUUUGAAGGCCGGCAUCACAACGGCGGACCGCCUGCUGACCGUGUCGCCGGGUUACAGCACCGAGAUCACCACAUUCCUGGGGGGCUGGGGCCUGGAGGGGCUGCUGGCCAGCCGCGCGUCCGUGCUCAGCGGCAUCGUCAACGGGAUCGACGAGGACGAGUGGAACCCGGAGACCGACCCCCACCUGCCCACCAACUACUCCGCUGCCGACUUCAAGGCUGGCAAGGCGGCCAACAAGGCGGCGCUGCAGCAGGAGCUGGGGCUGCCGGUCGACCCGGACGUGCCCCUGCUGGCGUUCAUCGGCCGCCUCGACUUCCAAAAGGGGGCAGACCUCGUUUUGCAGGUGGCGCCGUGGCUGAUGAGUCAGAAGGUGCAGCUCGUCUGCCUGGGCACAGGGACGCCCGACCUGGAGGCCGGCCUGCGGUGGCUGGAGGCUACCUACCCCCAGCAGGCCCGCGGCUGGGUGGGCUUCAACGUGGCGAUGAGUCACAAGAUGACGGCAGCUGCCGACAUCCUGCUGAUGCCCAGCCGCUUCGAGCCCUGCGGCCUCAACCAGCUCUACGCCAUGCGCUACGGCACCGUUGAUCGCGCAGUGCGCUAA